AUGUGUGGAAUUUUCGCAGUUUGUCAACAAACAUGCUCUACGAAAGAGAGAUUCUCUCUGGAAAAAGCUCAAAUGCUCUCAAAAAUUCAAUCCCAUAGAGGUCCAGAUAUGUCUGGGUUCUAUCAGGAUGAAAAAACUGGAGAUAUUCUUUGCCACGAACGCCUAGCUAUUAUGGAUCUUGGAAUCGCGCAGCCUUUGGCUGGGACAUAUCCAUCCAACCAAGUUAUUCACAAUGGAGAGAUCUACAACUUCAAGGAACUUAAGUCAACGGAAUUGUCCGGAAUGCCUUUCCGUACUAACUGUGAUUCUGAGGUAAUAGUAUUUCUAUAUGAGAAAUACCGGUCCGGAAAAGCCUUCAACAAGCUCGACGGUGUAUUUGCUACUGCUGUCUGUUGUGACGGGGAGUUUAUCGUAGCGCGAGAUCCAAUUGGUGUCAAACCAUUGUACUACGGGGUUGAUCAAGACGGAAGAUAUAUGUUCAGCAAUGAAAUGAAAUGUAUCGAAAAGGAAUGUGGAUCUAAGCAACUUGCGAUUUUCCCACCUGGCCAUUACUGGACUCCAAAAGAGGGAUUUGUUAGAUAUUACGAGCCCGAGUGGUUCGACUAUCAAUUGUGCACUCGCGAACCGUCAUUACAACUACUACACGACACGUUUGUAGAAGCUGUUCAUAAACGGUUGAUGUCUGAUGCUCCUAUUGGAACUUUACUGUCUGGCGGUCUCGACUCCAGUCUCGUCAGUUCCAUUGCUGCCCGAGAGAUGAAGAAACGUGGAACGAACAUCCAUAGUUUCUCCAUUGGUCUAGAUGAGAAUUCGCCGGAUUGUGUUGCUGCUCGCCAAGUUGCUGAGCACAUCGGAACUGAACAUUAUGAAUUCUUCUUCGAUAUUGAGGAUGGAAUUAAGAACAUCAAGAACUUGAUCUGGCAUUUAGAGUCCUAUGACAUUACAACUAUUCGAGCUUCAACUCCCAUGUUCUUCCUAUCACAGAAAAUUCAUGAGCAGGGAAUAAAAGUAGUCCUCUCUGGAGAAGGUGCGGAUGAGAUUUUCGGUGGUUAUUUAUAUUUUCAUAAUGCUCCAUCAGAUGAGGAGUUCCAAAAGGAAACCAUUGAUAGAGUUACUCACUUACAUACUGCGGACUGCUUAAGAGCUGACAAGUCUACAAUGGCUCACGCUCUAGAAGUUCGUGUACCAUUCUUGGACAAAGCUUUCUUGCAAGCUGCUAUCAUGACCAAGCCUGAAGCCAAGCGUCCAAAACCUUUCCAAGGGCGGGACGUUGAAAAAUACUUGCUUCGCAAAGCUUUUGAGCUUGAUCAGGAUCCCUACUUGCCUCAGAGCAUCUUAUGGCGUCAAAAAGAACAAUUCUCAGAUGGGGUUGGUUACAACUGGAUUGACACCCUUAUGGCUUUCUGCGCCUCUAAAGUCUCCGAUGAGCAGUUCGCGAAGGCUGCAGAAAAAUAUCCUCAUAACACUCCCGCUAGCAAAGAAGCAUUUUAUAUGAGAGAAACUUUCCAUGAGCAUUUCCCUAGUGAUUCUGCUGCUCAGACGGUUCGUAGAUGGAUUCCAAAAUGGCAAAACAACCAAGAUCCAUCAGGAAGAGCAUCCACUGUUCACGAUUCCACCGUUGAGAAAGAUUCACCAACCAAAGAAAAUCCAAUAUUAUCUCGAAAAUCCCAGGAAAGCUCGUAUCCUCAAGCAUGA